GAAGCGGAAGCGGGCGGUGCUUCGGCUGACUGGGGAAAUGUCAGCUGCUUGACUGGGGUCGGGGUUUCCUUUCUCGGGGACCCCCCCGACCUUUUGGUGACUGCCACUGCUGUCGCCAAGGAGUGUGGGUCCCAAACCCUGUAAGGCUGUGGCGGCCGCGGGAUUUCCAGGCCCUUCUGGACGCUGUCCGGCGAGAUCGGACGGUGAGCCCGAGGAGGAGAGCGUGAGGCACUUUGAGGUGUGGGGCCGAGCGCGGACUGAGAAAGGGCCCCGGAGACUCCGAGAGGCCGCCGUCUCGGGGCCUACGUCCCAGGCAGCUGAGUGGAGGCAGGGGCACGCCCUGCCGGCCAGAAAUGAUCCAGGCCUGUAUGUGAAUUACUUUGGUGAAUCAGAGGAAACAUUGAAUAAUGAGUGGUGCAGCUCUGGGACUCGAGAUUGUUUUUGUCUUUUUCCUGGCGUUAUUCCUACUUCAUCGGUAUGGAGACUUUAAGAAGCAGCAUAGACUUGUCAUUGUUGGAACACUACUAGCUUGGUAUCUCUGCUUUCUGAUUGUCUUCAUACUCCCUCUGGAUGUUAGUACGACAAUAUACAACCGGUGCAAACAUGCUGCUGCAAACUCAAGCCCUCCUGAGGGUAGCAACAUGACAGGAUUGUAUGCAACUGCUACCCCAGUCCCAAGCCAACAUCCGUGUUUCAAGCCAUGGAGUUACAUUCCUGAUGGAAUCAUGCCAAUUUUCUGGAGGGUAGUAUAUUGGACUUCACAAUUUUUAACAUGGAUUCUGUUACCUUUCAUGCAGUCAUAUGCAAGAUCAGGAGGGUUUUCCAUCACCGGGAAGAUCAAAACUGCACUAAUUGAGAAUGCAAUCUAUUAUGGCACCUAUUUGCUGAUAUUUGGAGCAUUUUUAAUUUAUGUAGCUGUCAACCCACACUUGCACCUAGAAUGGAACCAGCUUCAGACAAUUGGGAUAGCAGCUGCAAAUACAUGGGGUCUGUUUCUUCUUGUGUUGUUGUUGGGGUAUGGCUUGGUAGAAAUUCCUCGGUCAUACUGGAAUGGCGCAAAAAGAGGUUAUCUACUCAUGAAAACUUAUUUUAAGGCAGCCAAAUUGAUGACAGAGAAAGCAGAUGCAGAAGAGACUUUAGAAGAUGUCAUGGAGGAAGUUCGUAAAGUGAAUGAGAGCAUCAAGUAUAACCACCCACUGAGAAAAUGUGUUGACACAAUACUUAAAAAGUGUCCUAUAGAGUAUCAGGAAAAAAUGGGCAGGAACAUGGAUGAUUAUGAAGAUUUUGAUGAAAAGCAUAAUACCUACCCAAGUGAAAAAAGUCUGGUAAAACUACAUAAACAGGUGAUUUAUUCAGUUCAGCGACAUCGUCGAACUCAAGUACAAUGGCAGAUUCUUUUGGAACAAGCAUUUUAUCUAGAAGAUGUAGCAAAAAAUGAAACAAGUGCUACUUGUCAGUUUGUUCAUACCUUUCAAUCGCCAGAGCCAGAAAAUAGAUUUCUUCAAUAUUUUUAUAAUCCUACAGUUGAGUGGUACUGGGAAUGUCUUUUGCGACCCUGGUUUUAUCGGGUACUUGCUGUGGUGUUGUCCAUAUUCUCCGUGAUAGUUGUGUGGUCAGAGUGCACAUUCUUUAGCACUAGACCUGUCUUAUCCCUCUUUGCAGUCUUCAUACAGCUGGCUGAAAAAACAUACAAUUAUAUUUAUAUCGAGAUUGCUUGCUUUCUUUCCAUCUUCUUCCUCAGUAUCUGUGUUUAUUCUACUGUGUUCAGGAUUCGUGUAUUUAACUAUUACUACCUGGCUUCACAUCACCAGACUGAUGCAUAUAGCCUUCUUUUCAGUGGCAUGUUAUUUUGCCGUUUGACUCCUCCUUUAUGUCUUAAUUUCUUGGGUUUGACCCACAUGGAUUCAUCCAUCUCUCACCAAAAUACACAGCCAACUGCUUAUACAUCUAUUAUGGGUUCCAUGAAAGUUUUAUCCUUUAUUGCAGAUGGGUUCUAUAUAUAUUAUCCUAUGUUGGUGGUAAUUCUCUGCAUUGCUACGUAUUUUAGCUUGGGAACUCGUUGUUUGAAUCUACUUGGUUUCCAGCAGUUCAUGGGAGAUAAUGAUAUGACAUCAGACUUAGUUGAUGAAGGAAAAGAAUUAAUCAGACGAGAGAAGAGAAAAAGGCAACGGCAAGAAGAGGGUGAAAACAGAAGAAGAGAAUGGAAAGAGCGUUAUGGACACAGUAGAGAAGAUUCCACUAGAAACAGAAAUGUUCAUAUUGACCCAAAAGAAUCAAACUUCUCAGAAAUGAGUACCAACCGAUCAACAUCUAAAUAUACCAGGGCUAAUAACAGGACUGAGAGGGACCGAAUAGAACUUCUUCAGGAUGCGGAACCUUUGGAUUUUAACGCAGAAACAUUCACUGAAGACCCUCUUGAAUCUGAAUCAGGAAGGUUUUAUCAUGAAACUCAGAUGCUAUUGUAGAAGUAGAAGCAGAAAAAGAGAAGAAAUGAUCCAGUUACUUUUAUAAUUUAUAAUACUCUAAGAUAUAUUGAUAGAAAUAUGUAAAAGAUGUACUACUUUAUUUUAUUAUUAAUUUUUUAAAUGAUUAUAAUAAUUGGAGUGUAUGUAAUACUUCUAUAAAACAGUAUAGAUCCCCUUUAUGACUUUUGAGUUAUUUCCAAAAUAAUUUUGGUUGUUUAAGUGAUCCAGAGUAUUAAAUUGUUUAAGCAGAAUUUAUGUUACAGGAUUUCAUAUGUGAUCGUAUAGGAAGAUUACCUGGCUGGGUAAUUUUGUGUUUGGAAGUUAAUUAUUUAAUCCCUGAAGUCUUAAGAGUUUAUUGCUGGGGAACUAAUAUUUGUUAAGCAACUUUGUAAAAACUGUAAUAUGAACAAAAGUUUUCUGUUUUGAGAAUCUUACUAAAAUGACAUCUACUGCAAAACAUUACUACUAAAUUCAUAUACUUUACAUGCAAAGUACAUUUCUUGAAGAAUUACUUCUGAUAAUUACUUUUUGAGUGUUUCUUAUACUGUAAUAGAUUCCUAGUUAAACUUUCUAAAUUAUUUUUCUAAAUAAUUGUUAGAAUAUUCAGUAAGCCAGUGUUUAGUAAGCCAUUGCAGAAAAUAACAAUUAGUAAUCUGUUAAUUUCAUGGAUCUGUAAGUUGCUAUUAACUUAUGUUAUUACAUCAAUAAUUUGUUAUUAUUAGAACUUUAAAAAAAUCAUUAUUAAAAUAAGACUAAUUAUUAGAAUUUGUUCUCUUACCAGAUGAACAGGGACUUUGGAAUAAUUUCAUUAUACUAGAGGCCCUCAUUUCACAAGAGUCAUAAGAAUUAAAUAAGAACUUUCAAGGGUUUUCAAUUUAUAAAGAAUAGAUCAGAGGAUUGGACAAUCAAAACUUUUUAAAAAAUUGCUGCCAAUUUGUUUUCAGACACUAUUAUUUUAUUAGAUUAUCAGUUCUUAAAUGUAUGCUGGCUGUAUACCCAAAUGAAAUUAAAUGUGGAUAGGAAAGUCUGUGUUUUUUUAAGUAUAUUUUAGAAUAUUAAUGAAGGAAUUCAUUGAUAUACAACAGCAAACCUCAUUUUUGUAUACGUGUAGUAGAUUUAGAGAAUGUUCUUGAUUUUUGUGUAGAUUACUGUUUUAAAGGAAAAAUAAACUCUCCAUAAUUUUAAUUCAUACUGUUCAGUAAUGUGAGUUUUAUAUUUGUGAUUUGUGUGGGCCAUGCCUGAAAAUCACAAGGAUAAAUAUAUUUGCACUAAGAGGCAGAACAUAUCCCUGAGAAAUCUUAACGUACUUGAAUCUCCAAAGUGUAAUGGAUAGUGUUUAUUAAAGCCUAAAUGUUAAUAAGUAAAUGGAUUUAGACUUUUAUCUUUCCUUUCUUUUCUCCCUUCCUCCUUUCAUUCCUUUUAUACCUUCCUUCCUCUCUGAAGCCUGUCUUUAUAGUAUGGCUUAUAAUGAGCUGACAUAUUUUUCUUCUGUUUGUUUGGUGUAUACAGUUGUUUUUGAUGGUUAGUACACUCAAAAGGUAGUAGUUCUGACUACAGAUCCCACUACUUGAAUGGUAGUAUUGCACUUAAAGUAGUACAACAGAUCUUGCUAGACAACCAAGCAACAUCUGGAUGUAAAUAUGAGGGAUGCUAGCUCACUGUGUUGUCUUUUUCGCCACUAAGUAGGACUCUUCAGUAAAAUGAAAUAUUCUCAGUGUAGAUGUUUUAGCAUAAAAUUGCAUUUUUAAAACCAGUGAUUAUUAAAAACAAGCUAACAAACCCCAAACAUUAAAAACCUUGAGACCUCAUUUUAUGAAAAGGAGUUUGUAAAUAACAUCCAUCAUGUCAAAGUUUGCAUUAGAAGAGGUUGAAACAAUGUAAGAGUGUUACAGAGAGCCCUCUGAAAUAUUAAUUCCCUUUGUGUGGGUUACUUCUUUUCAAUACAGUGACUUAUUUUUCUGCUCAGAGACCUGGAAGACUAGGCAGUCUUAUUCCCUGUACUAACUCCUGGAGACCAGGUCCUGUGAGCCAUCACUACCAUCAGAGCAGCUAUUAGCCCUGCCUAUCCCAGUCCUAUUGCAGUGGAAACACACCCACACUCCUAAUUCCUUUUAUGUUCAGCUUGGUUUUCCUAACAUUUAUAUCCAUUGUGGUAGAUUGAAGCCUCAUCGCAAUUUUAAAUUUGUUAAUGAAACAAGAAUAAUGGCAUGUUCCUCUUCUCAUAGAUAUCCUAAAAGACUUGUUUUUAACACAUUCCGUGGAGAGAAUUAACCUUUUUUCCUAUGAAAAUCUUUUCUUUUGUGGUUAUCCUGAUCUCACAUCAUUUUGCAAAAGGAGAUUUUUACUGUACUUAGUGGAAAAGAAUAGAAAGAAUGGUUUACUGUGGCAGACAUAUGUAAAAUAAAGUCAUAAUUUGUUAAUCUGACUGUGCAAGACCAUUUUGAGUUGGUAUUAUUGACACAAGUCUUAUCAAUCUAGUCACUUAGAGCUGUAUUUCUCUAAAGAAUGCUGGCUAGCAUCUUCCCUACUUGGUACGCCAAAUUGUAGGGGAGAGACUGUUUUUUUUUUUUUUAGCAAUCCAAUGGAUUUGUUUUUGUCCAUAUUUUGUAAAAAACUUGAACUUUUCUCAUUUCGAAGAUAGAGAACAUGUGGACCUAUCUUUUAAAUAAUUGUAAUCUAAUAUAUAUAUUUAUAAAUUAUAGCAUUGGAAAAAGAGCUCUAAUAAUGAUGUUGUUACUUCCUGGUAUUUAAUUUUUGUAAAGUUUUUUGUAAGUAACUAAUUGUAGUUAUUACUUUUAAGUAGUUUAAAAAUCUUCCUCAAAUAAGUUCUGCCCAGGACUUAUUUCCUUGGGUCAAUAUUCUAAAGUUCAGUAGUCUAGUAUGAGUUUGAAAUAUUCCUACAUCUCUUCAGUAUCUUUUUAUAUAUACCAGUACUCAAGCAAAGUAUACCAAAAGCCUAAGUUCUGUGUUGCAUUAAUAAAGUGCUUGUUAUUUAUCUAAUUCAGUGGAUUAGGUGAAGUAGAGAGUAAGUCUUUUCAAAUGUGUGUCUGAUCAUAAAUUUCAAAAUGUUUAUUAUGUUCAUUUUUGGUGCAUGAUGCCAAAUUUAUCCUUAAUCAGCCACUACUACCUGGUUGUUGUUUAGUUGCUGUUAAUAAGUUGUGUCUGACUCUUUUUGCAACCCCUUGGACUGUAGUCUACCAGACUCCUCUGUCCAUGGAGUUCUCCAGGUAAGAAUACUACCUGGUACGUAAUGGCAAAUGUUUCCCUUUCUGAUCAAUGGUUUGUAGAUAUAACUAUUUUUCUCUGCAGAUUCUCACUAAAUAUGUAUUUGAAAAAAACCUGCAAAGUGCUACCUGUAAUUAAGUUAGCGUCUUUGGCCUUAUCUAUGCAUAAUGUUCUCUCAAUUUGGUUUUGACAGACUCAUGGACUUGGAAUUGCUUUGUAGUAUUUUAACUUAUUGUAAUGUAAUGAAUUUUUUUGAGAUGUUUAUUUGAUUAGCUGUUAAAAUAUAGGAAAUUAUGUAGCUUUGCAUGAAAUAAAGUACAUUUCUACAAGUUACUAAGAA